CGAAGUUCUCACCGGAAAUCCCGAAAUGGGUGCAGGGAAUGCAAGCAACGCCACAAAAAAUGCGACGAGAGCUGGCCAACUUGUCUCAACUGUUCCAUCACCAAUCGCUCCUGUUCAUACCGCCUCACACGCCCAUCCCAUCGCUCCUAUAGCCCGAGGACACCAACACCACCAGCUACACCAUCGCCGUCAGCCAUAUCACCGUCGCCUCCGCUUCAAUAUCUCACGCCAUGCCAUACCGAGGAGUGGCGGGCUCAAGCGUACAGCUUAGGACACCUCAAGCUGCUAAAUCACUUCGAGUCUGGCGAGUUUGAGGAGGCAAGCAUGCUUCAGCUGCCUGUGUCGACGCGGCAGGUGAUUAUGCAGUGCGCUCUCAGCAGCCCUUACCUCAUGGAUCAGAUUCUUGCGCUCUCAGCAGCACACCUGAGCACCGUUUGCCGCGGAAAGCAACAGGACCUUUUCCGCAUUCAGGCAACGGAGCUUCAGACACGGGCAUUGACACUGUUCAACCGUUCUGAACAGGGUAUCUCGAAGCACAACUCAUGCUCCUGGUUUCUUUAUGCUUCGCUGCUAGGCAUUCAGGUCAUGUUCGAAACAUUUCAGUGCAGCAAUUUCGGCUCCUUUCUGGAACAACUCGCGACCUUCUUUCCGGUUCAUCGGGGUAUCCACGCCGUAAUCAAGCAGUCGUGGCCAACCAUAAAGGGCAUAGCGGAGGAACUUGUUGGGCAUCGCCAUAUCCCAGACAGAAGGUUUAGCAAGGGCCAUUCAAAAGAGUUCGACGACCUCCUGUCUCUCAUUGAAGGCAGUGCCCUUGAAGAAGAGGACAAAGAAGCAUGCCUUGAGGCUGCUGACAUUCUCCAGUGGAUUUUCGAACUGCAUCGCAUCCACACCGGGACUGCGUUUCAGAUUCACUUCACCAUUGCAUGGCCCAUCCUUGUGUCACCCAGAUUUGGAGAGAUGCUUAGAAAGGGCAUUCCGGAAGCACUUGUCAUACUAUCAUUUUAUGCCGUUCCUCUGCAUCGUCUACACAAUUUCUGGGUAUUUGGCGAUUCCGGUCGCUUCUUAAUACAAUCCAUCACGGCCUAUUUAGGCAAACCUUGGGCGCGGUGGAUGGUUUGGCCUAACGAACAAUUGAACGCCAUUUCAUGAUGGGCAUAUUUGAUCGAUUGCCAUUAUCUUACGCAGAGCACCUCUCUGGGGCCAUAGCCAAGUCAGAGGCUGAUUUCAGCACUGGAUUCGUGU